AAGAGAGGAGAAAUAUAAAGUUUGAUUUUGUUUAUUUUGAUCGUUCCGAAGGGGAAUACAUAUAUUUCUUCGAUCCCCUCAUCGACCUCUGAUCCUUAAUGGAUUCUGAUCUCUGGACAUCUCGCCUUGCCGCGGCCAAACGCCAAUACGCGUUGCAGCACCAUCAGAAUUCCCAAUUAGAUCGGUUGAGUAUAGAUGAUUUCGAGGUUGAAGAGGAGGUUCGUCCAGAUUUUCCCUGCCCGUAUUGCUACGAGGACUACGAUAUCGCUUCUCUGUGUUCGCAUCUCGAAGAUGAGCAUCCAUUCGAGUCCAAGGUCUCGGUUUGCCCCAUUUGCUCUGUCAAAGUUUCAAGAGACAUGCUUAAUCAUAUUACACUGCAACAUGGGCAUUUGUUCAAGUUGCAGAGACGUCGCAGAUUACGUAGAGUUGCUAUUCCCAACAGUCAGACCCUGUCUCUAUUAGGUCGAGAUCUUCGUGAGGCACAUCUACAGGUGCUCUUAGGUGGUGGUGGAUAUCGGUCAAGCAAUGCUACUGCAUCUAAUGCAGUUACAGACUCGUUCCUUUCAUCACUUGUAUUGAACUUCCCCUCAUCUGAAGCAGAUGAAAUAUCAAAAUCUGCAGUUUCUAGUGCUGAGGACAUUUCUGUAAAGAAUGUAACAUCAACACCUUCUUGGAAAUCAAGUUUUGAUUCCUCAUUGAGCUAUGAAGAGCGGGAACAGAAGAUAAAACAGGCUACCAUUAGAGCUGGUUUCGUGCAAGAUCUGCUUUUAUCUACUCUUUUCGGAGACUGAGGGAAUUAGGAGGGCCCCACAAACAAAUGGUAAGUGAUCUACUUUGUGAUCCUGAUUGGAAGCAGCAAUUUUGGGGUCCUGAUAGUUGUUGGAUGAAGAAGAUUGUGGGACGGCCCUAUAGGGGGGGCCUUCUUUGGUUGUUUUAAAGCUGCGGUAUUGAACGACGAUGGGACUAUCUCAUCCAUUUCUGCUGUUUUCAUUACCAGAGAUGUACAACUUCUUGAAAAGUGGAUGGUCUACUAGUAUUCUGGGAUUGACCAUCUUAAUUUCUUCUCAUAAAUUCACUUAUUCUAUGUUGUGACAA